AUGGCCGACAGCCAAAAAUACGAACCACCUUCGGGCCCUCCUCCCAGCUCAGUACUUCAAGCACCCCCACAAGUCCACCAGGAUCCCGGCCCUUACUACCCACCCAACGGCGUGGUCGACAACACAGGCGGCUAUCAAACAUACCCGCCAGCACAAGAUCCAUCUGGAGGCUAUCUACCGCGCCAAGGCUGGAACCAAGGUCCACCGGGUGGUCCAUGGCAGGGCCCUCCAGGUCAACAACCGCCCUAUGGCUAUUAUGGUCCGCCAGGCCCGCAGCAGGGCAUGUAUUACCAACAGGGACCGCCGGUAGGGUACUAUGACCGGAGUCGAGGCCAAUCAGGGGCAGAUGGCUGCUGCGCCGCGUUUCUUGCCGCCUUGACGUGCUGUUGUUGUCUUGAACUUUUGUUCUGA